ACUCGCGGACGGGGCGCGGCUUCGAGCGGUUUAUAAAAGCGCCAAGUGGAGCAAUCGACUUUCCAGUUCCGUUUCGGAUUGCCCGAGCCUGCAGCAGCAGAAGCAGCAACAGCGCCUUCAGUAUUCGGAAGCUUUACUUCCUACGUUUUUCCUUGGUAGCUUGGGCCCUUGCAAACGCGACGAUGAUUCUGAGGCUACCGCUCCUGCUGAGCGCCAUCGCCGGUGCACUGGCCACCCCAGACGGCGUCUCCUACGCUUUCACCGGCUACAGUAAUGUCCUCGGAGGAGGUCUUGCCGUUCCCGGAGCCUCCAACUACGAACCCCUUCAGACAGCGGCCGCGGAGCCCACCCAGCAGAAGGUGGCCGCCGGAAGAACCACUUCUUCGGUCACCGUCCUCGAGAAGCCGUCCAAGCUCCGGCUAGCCCGCCCACCACCGGUGACCGUGCUGCCGAACGGAGCCGCCCCAGGCACCCAAGUAGCAGGGGCAGCACCCGGCACGGCGACCUUCACUACCUAUCCAGCCGGUGCACCGCCGGUCACCUUCCAGCGACCGCUCAUCUACGCCGCUCCGCCCCCGGUGCAGUACGUCGCCACUGCCCCUCAGCACCAGAUCUUCUUCUCCCAACCGGGCGUCGGCGUAGCGGCGCAAACUCCGGCGACAGCCACCAAAACCGUGGGAGCCGCUUCGGCCGCAGGAGGAGACCCCGCCAAGGCCAAGACAGUGACCGUGACUUCAAACGGAGCCACCGUCGGCACUACAGUCGGCUCGGCCGGUUCCGCAGUCGUCACCUCCAAUAAGCCUACGGCCGUCACCGUCUCCCGACCGGUGGCCGUAACCUACCCGCCGGCGCAGACGUACCUGUUCCAGAGACCCGCGUACGCCUAUCCGGGAGCCGCGGCGGCCGGCGUUCAAGCUCCGGUUCAGCUGACCUACAUGCGGCCCGUGUACCACCAGCCGACCGCGUACGGUCUCCAACCAGCGGGGGUCGCCCCCGCCGUCAGCCCUGUCUACCAGAGGCCGCUGGUUGCCUACCAGCAGGGCGCGCCGGCCGCUCCUCUGACCGUCGCCUACCCGGGUGCGCUGAGGCCCCUGGCGGGCGCGCCGGGCGUCUACCCGGCUCCUCACGUCGCAAUGCCGCUGGCGGCCGCCGCUCCUCUUGUCUCGGCGGUUCCCGGAGCAGCUGGACCGGUCGCGGCCAUGCCACAUUACUCGUUCGCAAGGCAGGUGAUCGCGCCCUUCCCGGGAAGCGUGGCCGUGGCCAGGCCUCAGCUGAUGUAUCACCCCGCUGCGUACGCGCAGCCUACUUAUGGAAUGGCUUUCAAUUACGCGCCGGCUGCCGUUCAACCCAUGCAAAUCUUUAGGCAAGCAAAGUCCAAGAAGUAAGUCAGUGGUGGCGUGUAAAACUGGAAGGAGCUGAGAUUGCCGAGAGUGUAUGCUUUUUUUUUUUUUUUUUUUGAAGUUGGAGGGAUAGGUUUGCGGAAGGACACUAGUGCGACCGCGAAGUGUUAAGCCGUGUGCGGAAAACAAGCCUUACUGUUGAAAGGUUUUGAAGUGAUAACUAAAUGAGGACCGCUGUACAGUCGCGUAGUGGAAAAAUGCAGUCGCAAAUGGGAGUCUGAUAGUGCGUUUGAGAUCGGUGCAGUCGACUACUGAGUCGGAGCGGGCGUGUUUCGAAGGCAUCCGCAUGUACAGCUGAUCGCGCUCCAGGUGUCUUCGAGCCAUUUCACGCAUCUAUUCAUUGUCCGUGGUCCGCCUCAGUGGCGAAGCGCUGCAUGUAGUUGCUGGCUUUCAAAAUGACGGGUUGCGUGAUGCAGCUCUCGCACGCGUCGUCGCUCACAGGAAGUUCGGCUGGCGUUUGAAAAAUGUGAGGUCAGCGUUCGGAGGCGCAUACAGCGGUGGUAACGAAGCGUGUACAUUUUCGCGAUCAAGCCCUGAUUGUGGAAGAAAAGAACUUGAGGUAAAAGUUGGGCUGACGUCAUUGUGACUCAAGGUUUAAUCAGUCGUCGUUUCCUCGCCAGCCACCGAACGUGCAUACCUUGAUUGAAGGAGCAAAGUUACGUCUUAGGAAUUGAAGUUUAAAGUAAGUUGAUGUCUUCUGAUCCUAUAGGUCUCGUUAUGCUUCGCGGUGUGUUGCUCAUCUGUCACCUUAAAGCAUUGUGUAAGCAGAAGAUUCUUCGUCUCUGUGCGCGCAGGGUUCCAUGUAUCACCUUUUUCUUGAUUCAACUUCAGACUAUUAUGUGUUUUUACGGGUACGACAUGCUUUCGAAGCGCUAUUUGCAUUUCAUUGCCGGAAAAAGGUCAACUGCUAGCGAUGAAAGCAGGGAAUCUGACUUACCUUUCCGAAUUUCACACUCUAACUCCGGCGCCCAUUACGUCGGUGCGAUGUCACUAAUUUCGUGACACUUUCGUCUACUUCGGUCGCUUUUGCGCCGGGGAAAGUUUCCAAAAACUCCCAGACUAAGCGCCAGCUUCCUUUCUAAUCUUAAUGCCAACAGUAUUCAGUGAUGCGCACCUAAGCAACGCCGAAUAGACGCUGUCGGAAUUCAUGAAGUCACUGGUAGGCUAGUGCGACAACAUUGAGGUGGCAUCGCCACUUGCCUCUCAUGCAAGAGCUUUUCUGCAUUGCCAAGACUGCCUUCCCGUAAGGUUGACGUAGUUGCCAGAUGAGUUACGUGUCAAUCUAGCUUAACUUAUAUAGUAUUCCACGGGUCGUUUCCAGAGCUCUUGGGCUGCGCCAAGAAGUGCUCGCAGAAAACACUCAAGUUGCACUCACAAAAUAAACAGACUCUAACACGGAUAACCAUGCUUUGUUAUGCAUGUAGGAGCAGGCUAAGGCUCCUAAUAAAGCUUAUUUGCUGCUGACAUGGCCUUUGCAGCACUGACAAAUAGCUCUGAAACGACCAGUGAAAGGUGCCGUAGAUAUUUCUGUUUCGCGUUCGUUUACACUCGCUACGGAUUGCUAACAGAGGCCAUAUACGUCUUUCGAUCGCAUCACAUGUCGUUCUUGAGCGCCAUCGUGGCAAUCUCGUCGAAAAGAGGCAGGAAAAAUGAGUUCACCAAAGUAUGCUUGCCGUCAAGAGCUCAUUGCACGUCCCUAUAGCUUCUUUUUGUCAUUCUGCUCCUCAUCUUCUGUCUCCUAUAUGCCCUGCAACAAUGCGAGAUAAGGUAUUCGCUACAAGUAAGCGCAUGUGAAACGCUGACUACUAAAACACAUGUCGUACGUGCUCAAGGGCUUUAUUUGCAAGCCUCAGUGUAUUUAACGUGUAUUCCAUGCUUUCAUAUUUAUUCCUUCAGCCGAAUACAACGUUGCAGACUGUAUGAAGAUGCCUCUCUUGUGAAAAAGAGUCUCAAUAAAUGUAUGACAG